ACUGCCUCCCAGCCUCCCGCCCCUUCAACACGUCCCCUUGCUUCACCGGCACCCCUACCGUCGCUCCUCCGCCGCCUCCGCCGCCCCCCGUCAUUACCUGGGCGCAACAUGGGCACCGGCAACAAAACACGGCGCGUGACCUUUCGGGCAGCGUUAAGCGGGUGACCCUCGGGCGUGACGUCAGUGCGAGGCGUGGUGGUGGCGGGCGGGCGGCAGCGGCUCACUUUUGGCCGGGCCAGGACGCGGAAAGCAGCGCCGCCACCCUCCCUCGUCCCUAGUGACUCCCAGUGGCUCCCAGUGGCAGCACCGCGGCACUUUCCAGGCACAGGUCGCACCUCAGGCGCCGCCACCUCUCUGCUCCUGGUGGCUUGGCGAAGGUCGGACCUCUGCUGCUGUGACGAGGGGCGGGCACGGCGGCGCUACUGCCGCAAACUGGCUAGCGGUGCGGGCGCGGCGGACACAGUCUUGGGUGGGGGUGUGGUGUCGGUGUGUGGUGGUGUGGUGGUGUUAGUGCUAGUGGUGGUGGUGUGAGUGGCUCGCUCAGUGGGCGGGCGGGUGUCCUGCCCGUUGAGGGCGCGGCGUGGGCGUUAGCGGCAACGGGCCAGCAGCACCAGCAGCAGCAGCAGCAUCGGUGAGCAUGGCGUCGGGCGCCCCGCAGGCCACGUCGCCAUGGCGGAAGCUGGUGGCGUGCCUGGGCACCAUCUCGGUGGAGCCGGUGAUGCUGCUGGACGGCCUGGGCUACUCCAACAUGGUGGUGCUGGUGGAGAACCUGCAGAUGGACAAGGUGUGUCAGGUGAACUUGAACUACAGCAAGGAGGUGUGCGACAACCUGACGCACCACCGCCACGUUAAGGAGGCCAUGACCAAGGAGGUGAGCGUGUUCGCCAUGUACAACGGCAUCAUCAUGGCCGUCAUCCCGCUCUUCUUCAUCCUCUUCAUCGGCGCCUGGAGUGACAAGUACGGCCGCAAGGUGCCCCUCGUGCUAUCCACCAUCGGCCACAGCCUGUACGCCCUCGGCUACCUGGUGGUGUCCAUGGUGGACGCCUGGCCCGUGGAGUACCUGUUGUUCGUGGCGCUGUUGGACUCCCUCGGGGGCGGCACCGUCAGCUUCCUGACGGCGGCCAACUCCUACAUCAGCGACGUGACCUCCGAGGAGACCCGUACGUCUCGCGUGGGUCUCGCCAACAGCAUCUGGUUCCUGGGCGGCCCCAUCGGCACGCUGAUGGGCACGUAUAUCUACAAGGCGGGCGGGUACCCGGUGCUGUUCGGCACGUCCCUCGCCAUGUAUAUCGUGUCCCUGACGUACAUGGCGCUGUUCAUGCCGGAGAGCCACGGGCCCUUCGCCAACGUGCAGAAGCUGGAGAAGGUGCUGCCACCCAAGCAGUCCCUGAGGCUGCGGGAGAGCGUGGCGUGGGUGUAUGGCAUCGACAAGAAGAAGAAGGACCUGAUGAGCACCAAGAGCAUCGUGAAGCGCGCCAAGACCAUCACACUCUCCAAGAUGGUGCGGGACUUCUUCGACCCGCGCCGCUUCCUGGACAGCAUCAGGAGCACGCUCAAGAAACGCGAGGGCAACGUGCGCCUAUACAUCCUGCUGCUCAUCUUCUGCAACCUGCUGCGCCGCCUGGGACGAGGUGCCUACAUGUACCAGUUCACCCGCACCGUCCUGGAUUGGCAAGCGGAUGACUAUGGGCUCUGGGUGACCUACAAGAACCUGCUGGCGGCCCUGGGAUCCCUCGCCGCCGUGCCCCUGCUGAGUGCUGUCCUGAAGGUGUCCGAUAAUGUCUUGGCUCUGGUCGGCGCCUUCUCGUCAGUGUUCGAUUACGUUUUCUAUGGCUUAGUCACAACGGAGACCUACUUCUUCAUCUGGCUUGCUCCAGUCGCCGCUCUGCUUGUCAACUCCUGCGCCAUCGCCAUCCGUGCCAUGAUUUCCAAAUACGUGGCUGCUGAUGAGCUGGGCAAGGUGUCGGCCGUGUUGGGAGCGCUGGACGGAGUGAUGCCCAUGAUCAGCUUCCCGCUCUACACAGUCGUCUACUACUCCACCAUCGAGGUCUUCCCGGGUGCACAGUUCUUCUUCGGAGGGUCAGCAAACCUCCUUAUGGCUCUCAUCUUCAUCCUCAUCAUGGUGUCAGACCGCAGCGCCAACUACAACGUGGAGGACGCUGUGCCGCCGCCGCAAGAGGGACCCGUCAAGGAAAAGAGUUUGGUGAUCCGCAAGGACUCCCGCUGGCUGUACGACGAAGACAAGGACUCCAGCACCACCAAGAUCCGCCUGGCCACCAUCCUGCUCUCCAGCUUCAACUUCUCCAUCGAGGUGCCCAUGAUAGAGCAGUCCUUUGGCAAGCCCCUCGAGACAAUCCAGGAGGAGCCGGAGGACGACGAAGAAAACGGGCAGCACCACUCCAAUAAUGUCAACUCAACCGAGGAGCAAGUUUCGGAAUCUUACGACAAUGUGGCGUAUGUUAACGAUAGUAAACCUUAGUGUUCUUAGGCGUCUAGUUUGUGUAUUAUAGUUCUUAGGGUUGUUGUGUUGCAAGUUAAAUGGCCACUUGUUUGAUGAAGUUGUGUGCUGUGGGAGAUUCCAGAGUGCCUUGUAGUGGUGGACUGUGGACAUCAGUUUUGUGUCCAUCAGCUACAUUAACCUCCUCUUUGGGGCGUCUCUCUGCCAGUCUGUCAGUUCAUAGUUGAUAGCGUUGAUACCAUUUCCACUCCCCCUCCCCUCACAUUCUCCUUGUACAGCAUCAGCAGCUUCAUGGAGAGUGGUCUGCAGUGUGGAUACAGCAGUGAGCAUCUCCAUGUCAUUAGAUCCCCUAACCGCGGUGCUGACCAGCUCCAGGUUAGGCAUAUAGUGAGUGUACAUACUGGCUGGUUAUCUAAGGUAGUGUUAGUUGUUAGUUCAGGACUCUGGUGUUGGUUUGUGAGAGGAUGAAGAGCCACAGUGAAAGGAAUUAGAGAAGAAUGUGUGCAGGCUUGUGUGUGUUGGCUUAUGUGACGAAGAAUCAGUGAAAGGAUUUGUGCGGGGUUGUCACAGCAGCUCCUCGUUUUGAUUAGAUAUGUAAGGUACACGAAGCCUGAGUGAGACCAAGAGUAUGCUGUGAUAUUCAUGCAUGCUUCUUUGUGUUAGUUGUGACUGGUAAUGGUCGAUGGAAUGUGAAAUACUUGGCGUGCGCUAAGUGUGGAUUCUGUCUCCACCGUUGAUGGUAACUGUGUUUUGAGAGACCAUCAGGAAGUUGUGAGGACAGCAAUGUAUCUGUUGCCAUGAUUCAAGAUUGUCCAUUCAUUCAUUGCCAAGAGUGUUGAAGGCCCAUAUGAGUUGCAUUAUGUUGCUGUGGCUGUUAAGAGUUUUUGCAAUUGUAAAAUAAUGUUCUUGUAACAUGUUUAAUAUUUAUGUCAUUAAGAGCAACUGACAAAAUUGAGAAGAGGAUUGAUAAAUUUUAAAUAUUAAAUAGUAUAUCAAUAAUGGUAGUCAAAAUUGAUAUGAGCAGCAGUAAAGUAAUCUCGAGUAUUAGCUUCUUGCCGUGCCUCUUACCUUGAUGACUGCAGCGAGUUCCCUCCAGCAGGUCAGCCGGGCCAUAAGAAGUGCAGGUUGUGACGCAGGACAAGGCAGGUUCAGGGAUAGCCUUGUGUAUGUGGUGAACCUUCUCAUUAUGUUGUCAGUAAAAUAAUCCUUCUCUUUAGGGGAGGAUUUUGAAAACUAGAAUCUAACAUUGUCCAAUAAGUUAUCAUAGUUUUUGUCUUCUGUGUCUUGAUUGUUAUAAUUCAUUUGAUACCAGUGUUCAGUGGUAAAGAAGCUGUGGAAACUGUGGAGUUCAUCUUUCAUAGAGGAACUUUGCUUUGCAGUUCUGGUCUUGCUUCAUCAUGGUAAUAUUUGUGUAAAUUAGUUUUCCCUGCAUGUAUCAAGAAUUGUUGUGUUUAGGACUUGUAAAUCAGUCCACACAGCAUUAGUGGCUGGUAGUACAUUGUGUCAAAAACUGUCCUCAAAUCCUUAAGGUUCACAGUAAAAUCCUUGUAUUAACUGCUGCAGAGAAAACUGUUCCUGAUCGCCAUCAUUCACUCAGUCCUAGAGGUACAGAAGGCACACACAAAAUGUUACCCUCACUGUAAUGUUUAUAGAUGAGCAUUAACAGAGGUAAAAGUGUUGUGUUCAAGGACUCUCUCACACUGUUUUCUUGAGGGUGUUAACACAGACAGCUUGGUGACGAUAGCUGUAUUUAUAUUAGCACCCCGAAGAAAACAGUGUGAGAGAGUCUGUGAACGCAUGACACUUUUACCUGUUACUGCUCCUCUACAAACAUGACAGUGACGAUAACAAGACACAGCUUGAAUCUACCAGUCACUGAUGAUGUCAUGUCUGAGAAGAGUACUUUGUUUACACCCAUUGUCAACGGAGGAGAGAAGUGCUGCUCCUCUUUGCCAGACCUCUGCUCCUUUCCUCCUGAACUAUGUGUGGCUGGCUUGCUUCUCACACUUCAUUCUGUUACUGAUGUGUGGCUUCAAAAGUAUUGUCUCAUGAAUAAAGCUACCGAUUCUGUAGUUGUUGGAGGGGAAUGUGAUGUGUGGAGAGAAAGUGAGUGAGUGAGUUAUCUUGUACAAGGGGAGACUGUGGUGUCGACUGUGGUAUAUUGACAUCCUGUGGGGGGACAUCCUGUGGGUCCCCUGGGUCCUGGGGUGGAGAGAGAGAGAGAGAGAGAGAGAGAGAGAGAGAGAGAGAGAGAGAGAGAGAGAGAGAGAGAGAGAGAGAGAGAGAGAGAGAGAGAGAGAGAGAGAGAGAGAGAGAGAGAGAGAGAGAGAGAGAGCGCCUUGUGUCUGGGAACUAACACUGCCUGAACUAUGCACAUCCACACAGUUAAAGCAUUCAGUAUUGUAUCUGCUUCACUAUUCAUGAGAUUUUUACCUUUGAAUACAUACAUCAGUACUUACAAAAGAAGAACAGAGUAAGUGUGGUUCUGUAAGCGUGGUAGCCAGUCAAAUGCAACCACAAGGAACAGGACACAGGGCAGCAAACAGUAGCCUCCUUCCUCAGCUGAAAGUAGACAGUGUAGUGAGUGUUGCAUUACGAGAUUCAACAGACUGCAAUGUACCGGCAGUGUCUGAGGCAAGGAGUUGUGUGACAGUGAGUGCCAAAGCAAGGUGGAGCCUGCACCUGAGUUUGUCUGAAGAUGUUGAGGCGUUGGCAGUUUUCACCUUACCAUUGGCGUAAUGGUCGGUUGGUUAAGGUGUUCACUCCUGAUUAGUGAUGCAUUUUCAGCUGUCCUGUAUAACUGUAUGUAAGGUAUUAAUAGUGGAUCAAAUUUCUGUACAUACUCGUUAAUUUACAGUGUAUGUAAUAAAAAUCCUAUUUUCA